AUGGCAGAGUCCGGGACCCUGCCCAUUGGCUUCGGGGAGCUGGAGGUGCUGGCCGUGGGGACGGUGCUGCUGGUGGAAGCUCUUUCUGGCCUCAGCCUAAACAUCCUGACCAUCCUCUCUUUCUGCAAGACCCCAGAGCUGCGGACCCCCAGCCACCUGCUGGUGUUGAGCUUGGCGCUGGCCGACACUGGGAUCAGCCUGAACGCCCUCGUUGCAGCCACAUCCAGCCUCCUCCGGCGCUGGCCCUAUGGCUCAGAAGGCUGCCAGGCUCACGGCUUCCAGGGCUUUGCCACCGCACUGGCCAGCAUCUGCAGCUGCGCAGCCAUCGCCUGGGGGCGCUAUCACCACUACUGCACCCGCAGCCGACUGGACUGGAACACGACCGUCUCCCUGGUGCUCUUCGUAUGGCUGUCUUCUGCCUUCUGGGCGGCGCUGCCCCUCCUGGGCUGGGGCCACUAUGACUAUGAGCCGCUGGGGACCUGCUGCACCCUGGACUACUCCAGGGGGGACAGAAACUUCACCAGCUUCCUCUUCACCAUGGCCUUUUUCAACUUCCUCCUGCCCCUCUUCAUCACAGUCGUAUCCUAUCGGCUCAUGGAGCAGAAACUCGGGAAGACCAGCCGUCCCCCGGUGAACACCGUCCUGCCAGCCAGGAUGCUGCUGCUCGGCUGGGGCCCCUACGCGCUCCUGUAUCUGUACGCCACCAUCGCGGAUGCAACCUCCCUCUCCCCCAAGCUGCAGAUGGUGCCCGCUCUCAUUGCCAAGACAAUGCCCACAGUCAACGCCGUGAACUAUGCCCUGGGCAGCGAGAUGGUGCACAGGGGGAUCUGGCAGUGCCUUUCGCCACAGAGGAGAGAGCGCAACCGGGAGCAGUGA